CUCGGCGGUCGCGUUGGCAGCAGUAACUUCUCCAAGACCGUAAACAAAAUAGACGCUGGUGUCUUGUUGUCGAAACCGCUGCUAUUUAUUUGUUUUAACCGGAAAUCACAAUCGUUGUCGUGUGUUGGACAUUGAAAAUGAUCGAUUCCUCUUUAAGUUCUGCGGGUGCCAAAGUUGUCGUCGCUUCUUCCAGCGAUGAGAAUCACCCGCCGGAAAACAUCACCGACGGAAACACGAACACGUGUUGGAUGUCCACCGGAAUGUUUCCUCAAGAGGUCAUCAUUCGCUUCGCGGACUCCACGCACGUGUCCGCAGUGACAGUCGACAGCUAUAAUGUCAAGCAUCUAAAGAUAGAAAAGAACUCCUCACAAAAUGUCUCUGAAUUUGAGCCCGUUACAGAGCAAGAAUUUAAACAAACGGAAGGACAUCUUCAGUCAAAUACUAUUUUGCUAAAUGGAAGCAAUGCAACCCACCUUCGUUUUAUCAUCACGUCGGGAUAUGAUCACUUUGUCUCAGUUCACAGAGUCAGUGUGCAAACCACACACACUUGAUUGUUAUGAAUUAAAGCCCUGUGUGUAUGUAUA